ACCCCCGGGCCAAAGCGACUUUAGGAUAUUAUCAUCACUGCCGCAAGUCCCGGAAAAAGAUGCUUUAAAGUCAAUGGUCCGUCACUGCCACCCCCGAUAACCCCAACAGACACACCCCACAUCCCUCGUUGCUGCCGUGGGCUAUAAACUCGCAGCCAUCGACCUUCCACCAUGAGCGCAGCGUCCGCCACCUUGGCGCCUGCUCAACGGGUCCAGUCGACGGCCAGCAACGCUGGCCAAGAAUUUGGCUACCCUCAUGGCCACCUCGGGCAUCUCAAUGCGGAUGAGGAGGACGCGUUCCGGAACUUCAAACUCUUUCUCCAGGAAAAGGGGCUGUACAUGCCGGGACAUCCGGCCUCUCACGACGAUCCCACGUUGCUCCGCUUUCUCCGGGCCCGCCGGUGGAUUGUCCAAGAUGCCUACGAGCAGUUCAAGCAAACCGAGGAAUGGCGCGCAGCGAACCAGCUAGACAUCCUCUACAACACCAUCGACACGGAUGCAUAUGACCAAAGCCGGCAAUUGUAUCCUCAAUGGACCGGACGAAGGGAUCGAAGAGGCAUCCCUCUCUACCUCUUCGAGAUCCGCCAUCUGGACUCCAAGACGAUAUCACACUACGAGAAGACGGCCGAGAACACGUACAGCAGGGCCCACCCUGACGGCAGCACACCCCCCAAGCUCCUUCGCCUGUUCGCCCUGUACGAGAACUUGACGCGUUUCGCGCAGCCGCUGUGCACCAACCUUACGGAUCGCGACAAUGCAGAGACGCCAAUCACUCUCAGCACGAACAUUGUGGACGUGUCGGGCGUCGGCCUCCGGCAAUUCUGGUACCUGAAGGCGCACAUGCAGGCGGCGAGCCAGCUGGCCACGGCCCACUACCCCGAGACCCUCGACCGCAUCUUCAUCAUCGGGGCGCCCAUGUUCUUCAGCACGGUGUGGGGCUGGAUCAAGCGCUGGUUCGACCCCAUAACCGUGUCCAAGAUCUUCAUCCUCGGCGCGCACGAGGUGAAGCCGGCGCUGGAGCAGUUCAUCGACCCCAAGAACAUCCCCAAGCAGUACGGCGGCGAGCUGGACUUUAGCUGGGGCCAGAUGCCGAAUUUGGACCCUGUGAUACGCGAGACGGCGCAGUGGGAGAACGGCUAUACCGAGUUCCCCAAGGGACCCAUAUAUUGGCGGCCAUACGGCGACGGGGAGAGGCUGGAAUGCGUCGCGGUGGGGACUGUCAACCAGAAAGACCGGCUGGAGAGAGUAUGCACCAUCCCUUGUAUGUACAAGGGCCAGUUUCCCGCCCAUCAUGGGGACCCGGGGCUUCCUAGCGACAUCGCGGAGAAAGUUGAACCCGCCUCAGCCGCUCCUCUCGAGACCGAAACCCAGCCAGCCGUCACAACAGGCGUCAAGACGGCGGACGCCCCUGCGGUGUCGACAAACGCCAACGAAGGACAGGCAGGUGAUCAUGCUAUUCCCGACGUCCAAGGCGUCCAGAACCUCUCCAUCCAAGAGAAUGACAGCAAGACGAUUGAGAUUUUAGAGAAAUCGAAUGGCGCCCCUCAGCAAACCAAGGCGGCCGUGGCAUAAUGAGUGAUAGAGGUUGGGAGAGAUAGAUCACAUAGACCAUGUCGAUGCAUUUUUCAGCACUCCGACGUAUCUUGUCUG